AUGACCUAUGAUGAUGUGCAUAUGAACUUCACUCCAGAAGAGUGGGCUUUGCUGGAUCCUUCUCAGAAGAGUCUCUACAAAGACGUGAUGUUGGAAACCUAUAGGAAUCUCACAGCUAUAGGCUACAGUUGGGAAGACAAUACUAUUGGUGAACAUUUUCAAAGUUCUAGAAGACAUGGAAGGCAUGAAAGAAGUUGUACUGGAGAACAACCCUCUGAGAUUGCUCAAUGUGCUAAAGAUUUUGCAUAUCAGAGUCAUACUCAAAGGCAUGAAAGAACUCAUAAUGGAGAGAAACCCUAUACAUGUAACCAGUGUGGUAAAUCCUAUGCAAGGUAUAGUGGUCUUGAAUAUCAUAAAUGA